GCAGGCGCAUUCGGGGCGAGGGAGGGCGGGGACGCGCAGGCCCCAGCGCACAUGGCCUCCUCCCCAGCAGCCGACGUGUCCUGCAGGCGGCGGGAGAAGAGGAGGCAGCUGGACUCAAGGCGCAGCAAGUGCCGCAUUCGCCUGGGCGGCCACAUGGAGCAGUGGUGCCUUCUCAAGGAGCGGCUGGGCUUCUCUCUGCACUCACAGCUCGCCAAGUUCCUGUUGGACCGGUACACUUCUUCUGGCUGCGUCCUCUGUGCAGGUCCCGAGCCUUUGCCCCCCAAGGGUCUGCAGUAUCUGGUGCUCCUGUCUCACUCCCACAGCCGCGAGUGCAGCCUGGUGCCCGGACUUCGGGGGCCCGGGGGCCAAGAUGGGGGGCUUGUGUGGGAGUGCUCAGCAGGCCACACCUUCUCCUGGGGACCCUUAUUGAGCCCAACACCUUCAGAGAUGCCCAAGCCUGCCCCACCUCCUCAUACGGCCUGGAGAAGUUGGUGCCCAGAGGCCAAGAGUGGGCAGGAGCCUGCAGGUUUGGAAUUGGGGCAUGACGAGAAGACUCAAGAGGCCAGCUUGCCCAGGGGUGUGGGACCUCCACCGGAGACCUUCCUGCCCCCAGGAGAGGAAGAAGGUGAGGAAGAGAAGGACAAUGAGAAUGAGGAGAUGCUCAGUGAUGCCAGCGUGUGGACCUACAGCUCCUCCCCAGAUGAGGAGGUGCUCAGUGACGCCAGCGUGUGGACCUACAGCUCCUCCCCAGAUGACAGUGAGCCAGAUGACCCCGGAGCACCCCCUUCCCCUGUCACCCACACACCUGAGGAGGUGGAGACACCACCAGCCCCUGCAGCUCCCCCUGCUCCUCUUGCUGUACCAUUGUCAGCAUCUUCACAUGGUUCCAGAGCUCUGCCCGUGGAAGCUGGGGCGCAGCCAGAGCUCAGUGGGAUCCCACAGGCACCCCAGCAGACUGAGCCCCUAGCCAGUGCUGGGAGUCAGGCUCAGUCUGCUCCGACCCCAACCUGGGAUGAGGACACCGUACAGAUCGGUCCCAAGAGAAUCAGGAAGGCUGCCAAGAGAGAGCUGAUGCCCUGUGACUUCCCUGGCUGUGGGAGGAUCUUCUCCAACCGGCAGUAUCUGAAUCACCACAAGAAAUACCAGCAUAUCCACCAGAAGUCCUUCUCCUGCCCAGAGCCUGCUUGUGGGAAGUCCUUCAACUUCAAGAAACACCUGAAGGAACACAUGAAGUUACACAGUGACACCCGGGACUACAUCUGUGAGUUCUGUGCCCGGUCUUUCCGCACUAGCAGCAACCUUGUCAUCCAUAGGCGUAUCCACACUGGAGAGAAGCCCCUGCAGUGUGAGAUCUGCGGGUUCACCUGCCGCCAGAAGGCCUCCCUCAACUGGCACCGGCGCAAGCAUGCAGAGACAGUGGCUGCCCUGCGCUUCCCCUGCGAGUUCUGUGGCAAGCGCUUUGAGAAGCCUGACAGUGUUGCGGCUCAUUGCAGCAAGAGCCAUCCGGCUCUGCUCCCAGCCCUGCGAGAGUUGCCCAGGGGCCCUGUGGAGCCCUAUCCUGGCAUUGCUGCUUCUGAGCCCUUGGGGUCCAGUGAGGGAUCUGGGCCCCCUCUGUCUCCUCAGGCUCCAACUCUGCUGCCUCAGCAAUAAGCUUGUUAAUGUGGGGAGCCAGACCCCAGGGUUUGAAAAGGAAUGAGGAAGAGAGGCCCAGAGGGAGAUGCCUGGUUCCCGGAAACUAGGGUGUUGGGGAAUGCAGGGUGGGGGUGAGACUGGGCUGCAGGAAUCUUCACAAGGGAUAAAAUAAACAGUAUUUUACAUGGCA